AUUUCAGUCAAUAAAAACUUCAUUAAGUGAAAAUGAACAUAAUUGAUUUUUGUUAUCAAAUCAUCUCCUUGCAGAAAGUAAUUCUUUGAUGAUUUUUGACAAGAUGAGAAAAUUCCUCUUGCUGGUUCUCACCAUAACAGCUUCUGUAGCUUUUGCCAGUCCACCAGUUCAGGAUGAGAAGCUUCCUGAUCCAGUGGUGAAGGUGCCAGAGGUUGAAAAAGAACCGACAGUAGAGCAAACAAAAGCAGAAGCAGGUCCUCUGGUGCAGGAUGAAGCUGUUGCAGAUUCACGUCUGCUGGAGCCAGAAACAACAGAGGAACAAAGAGUACCAGAAGAGACACAAGUGAUGUUGGAGAAACCUGUGGUAGAGGCAGAUUACCUGACUGAAGAGACGCCAGAGACAGAACUAGAGCCUGAGCCAGAAAUAACCACCAUUCAGACGGACAGAAACAUCGUACCUGUGGAGGAAGCUGUAGAAGAGUUAGAGUCUGAAACUAAUAAAACUAAUGAAACAGAAAUUGCAGAAAUACAAAUGGAACCUGGGACGGAAAGUCGAAAGACACGUAUUGGGUGGUGGACUUGUGGAGGAGUUGUCCUACAGGGCAAAUGUUACCAGUUCUUCAGAAAAAACCUUAAUGCCCAUCAAGCUGAGUCCCACUGUCAGUCCAUCUGCCAUAAUGGCCACCUGGCCUCUGUGGCAAGCAGCUACAUUCGUGGCGAAAUAGGGAAGCUAAUGGAUCGGAAUGGUGGCCGCACUCGCGCAUGGCUUGGAGGACGGAGAAUCCUUCGUACAAAAAAAUUCAGAUGGUUGGAUGGAACGCGGUGGAGCUAUAACGGCUGGGCUAAAGGAGAGCCCAAUAAUCGUGGUGGGAAGGAGAACUGUGUAGAGACAUGGUAUAAUCUGGCGUUCAAUGAUGUACGAUGCACAAGACUCAAACCGUUCAUCUGUUCCUGUCCACUUUAGACAGCCAGGUUAACCUAACCUGCUAUACAGUAACUUUUAUGAAAAAAGUGUAAAUAAUGAUAAUUAUUAUUCUUUUUUUUUUUUUUUUAAAUAUUAACUCAUAAGGGUUAUCAACCAAUUUUUUUUAUUUUAUUUUAUUAAAUUUGCCUUGCAUUGUUUACAAAAAAUAAUAAUAAUCAUACAUUUUUAUUUUUCCGCCCAUGUUUAUAUACCACAACUGAUUCAUUUAGUUUGGUUAA